GAGUGAAGACUGAUCACCUGUGCAGCAGGUGAUGCAGCUCUUCGUGGUUGACCUAUAAGCAAAACUCCUGGGGGGAGCCGGUUCUGGUAACAUUUACACUGGGUGGCGCUGUAACUCUUAUCUAUUUGUGUACCCUGAUGGGAAACCCUUUCACAAACCCACUACGGUCGUCGUGGAUAGCUGUCAUGACGUGGGUUGUACUGGUCGCCGUCCAGUGAUCGAGACACAGCUGCUGCUAACUAGCAGAAGAGCCUAAGCCAAUAAGUUAGCUUCCUGCCAAGCCAAACACGACUUAUUUCGUCUGCUGGACAGCUCUUUUGUCGGCUAUGAUGAGGUGGUGACCCUGGGUUGGCCAGGCCGUGAGAUGAUUGCAGCUUGGCACAGAGAAAAGACGGAGCAGAGUGAUUGAGAAAGAAGAAUGGGCAGAAGCGCCUGGGGCUGCUGGCAAGGCGUCGUCUCUACUGCAGUGCUCUACGGCUCCUUGGCCUUGUUUACGUCCAUCCUUCACAAUGUGUUCCUCCUCUACUAUGUGGAGACAUUUGUGUCCAUCUACAAGAUUGAUAAAAUCUCCUUCUGGGUGGGAGAGACAGUGUUCCUCAUAUGGAACAGUCUGAAUGACCCUCUCUUUGGCUGGCUGAGUGAUCGCUCCUUCCUCAGCUCUCCUCAGUCAGGCUCUCAGAUUACAACUCCAGAGGUGGUGCUGAGGCGCCUGAAGGCCCUCUCCACAAGCGGCCCCCUCUUUGCUCUGUCCUUCCUGGCCUUCUGGGUGGCAUGGGCCAGACCAGGACUGCAGUUCUUGUUGUGCCUGUGUCUGUACGAUGGUUUCCUCACUAUGGUGGACCUCCACCACAGCGCCCUGCUGGCUGACCUCGCUGUGUCAGGCACCGAUCGCGCACGCCUCAACUUCCACUGCUCUGUGUUCAGCGCUUUGGGCUCAUUCUCCGUAUUUCUGUCUUACUCCUUCUGGGACAAAGAGGAUUUUUACUCCUUCCGUCUCUUCUGUGUGACUCUGGCAGCUUUUUCCAUCUUGGGCUUUUUCUUAGUGUCUCGGUUGCUACAACAUCGUUUCCAAAAGGAAGUCCUCCUAAGACAGGAUGAAGCACAGACACUCAAAGAGCUGAGUGUUGGCCAUGCUCCACUUACCUACCCAGAAAAACCUGUCACCAUUGGACAUUACCUCAAGCAGCUCUCCAAACAUAAGAACUUCAUGUGGUUUGUGUCAAUGAACCUUGUUCAGGUGUUUCACUGCCAUUUCAACAGCAACUUCUUCCCUCUUUUCCUGGAACAUCUCCUGUCUGACAGUAUUUCUGCCUCUACAGGUUCGGUCUUACUUGGCAUCUCUUACAUUGCCCCCCACCUGAACAACUUGUAUUUCCUGACACUGUGCCAGCGUUACGGGGUUUACCAGGUUAUCCGCUGGCUAUUUAUGCUAAAACUGGGACUUAGUGUGGCUAUGCUGCUGGCAGGGGCUGACCACAUUUAUCUGCUGUGCAUCUUCAUUGCUAGUAACCGGGUGUUUACGGAGGGGACGUGCAAGCUGCUGAAACUGGUCGUUUCCGAUCUGGUGGACGAGGACUUUGUGGUCAAUCGACGUCAGCAGGCCGCCUCUGCACUCCUCUUUGGGAUGGUUGCCUUGUUGACCAAACCUGGCCAGACAUUCGCCCCUCUCAUUGGCACCUGGCUGCUGUGUGUCUACACAGGUUAUGAUAUUUUUGAUAGGGAACCUGUGAAGGACUCUGUGGUUUCUGUGCCUGACGUUGCCUCUGGCUCAGGGACUCCGCCUCUGCGACUGGGCUGCUUCUACAUGUUGGUUUUUGUGCCUAUCACCUGUGCCCUGCUCCAGCUGGCCGCCUGGUCUCGCUUCACACUUCACGGCCGCAAGCUGCAAGGAAUCAAGACCCUAAGGCAAGGGGCCCAGCAUGGCCACCUUAUCGAUGUCAAGGCCAUAUGAACUGAAUAGAGUUUCCAGAGGCUGCACACGGACACUUUUAAAUUUGUCAGUUUUACAAAAAGUUUUACAAUCCCUUUGAUAAUGGCUUAGAAGAAGAAAGCUGAUCUGACGUCUUCACUCUGCAGCACAGCCUUGUGUGCAAGAAUAUGAACCACUACACAACAUGUGGCUUUGUAGACAGUGAAAAAUGCACAGUAGGCUCACAAAUCCCACUGGGAAGAACAUGAAACAAUAUUUAAGAUUAAACCUGCCUUAUUUUUUUAUAUUAAAAUAUUGACCUAUAUUUAUAUUUUAACAGAUGACCAAAAGAUAAAGUAGAACCAAUCAAUCCUUUGAAUGUAGACGGACCAAGGUGACAACUUUUCAUGGUGCGUGCCAAAGAUGGGGUGGCCUCUUUAAAACUGUUUUGUAAAGCAUAAUUCCGGUCUAGAGUACAGCCUGAAUGCCCUUGCUGCUAGUUAAUCUGUCAGUAACGUCAACCUGAUUUUAAAAACGAGGAUGAGAAACGGUUUACCACAGAGCUACAAUUCUGAUUUCUAAUGUUGUUAACAAGAUGAAGAAAUUGAAAUAACAUUGCAUUAAUGUGUUCAGAAUGCUAUUGAUACCGCAUGGAAACUGCACUUCAGAGCUGAUUAAUUAUCUUACAGUUUCGUUAUAUUCACACAGAACGCCCUGCCAGUUUGAUGUUGAGAACUGUAUUUUCUGAUAAGUCCAGUAUUGAUGAUGUUUUUGCACAAAACUGCCAUUUGUCUGUUGUACUUCUAACACUGAUUGUGACAUACUUUAUGUACUGUAAUAAUGAAAAUUGGAAUUAAGAAAUUAUGCUGGUAAACAUAUUGUCAGUUCACUUUUGUAAUUUUUCAUAUUAUACAAAGAAUGUGUGGCAUUACCACAAAUAAACCUCAUGUAUGUUUAAAGUCAACCAAA